AUGUUUGACACUGCAGCUCUUUACGUUGUUAGGAACAUAAAAGAUCAUGCAGAUAAUAACAUUAAACAUAUCAGAAGUCAAUCAACAGAAGUACCCAUAGUUGAACACUCUGAUGAUUAUCUCGACAACUGCUGCCUCCAAGAUGAAUUGUCCAUAUUACUCCCAGAAGAGUCUAUCGUGGACUAUCAUACGAACUCACUUCUAAAGGCGUUUCAUAUGAAUGGUUACAAAUAUUGCGGAGAGGCUGUGACGGCGUUUUCCAGCUCUUCCUAUUACACAUACCACAUCAUAAAAUCUGUUGCAACUGCCACCGAAUACUUCGUAAAGGUGCUUGACUUGACAAAAUGCGAUGGUGAAUAUGUCAGGUCAAAAGCAUUUCAGCAGGUUGCAAUCGCCGAACAUCUGGCGGAUCAUUGCUGUCAUGAUCCUCACCCAAGCUUUACAGACGGAAAGGACAAAAACGCGAGUCCGAGAUUAAGAAUACAAGGUGGUAGACACCAUGAAGCCUAUGGUGUCCAUCAAAUGUACUCACAACCGUGUCUAAGCGAUCACGUGGGCAAGGACAAUAUUUUACAUAUACAGGACUCUUUUAUUACGCAAGAUAACUAUCUCGUGAUGAUAUAUGAAAAAUGUGCUGGAGGUGAUCUGUGGUCCUUGAUAUCGGAGGCUCGCCAAAACGGUAUGCAAUAUUUCGAUGAAGAACUAAUCAGUACUAUUUUCCUGCAAGUUUGCCUGGGUCUGGAAUAUUUUCACCAACACAAUGUGGUACACGGGGACAUAAAGGCUUCGAACGUCAUGUUGAAGGAUGAAUACAUACCUAUCGUCAAAUUGGCAGAUUAUGACACGUGUCACAUGGCUACCGACCGUCUGUGCUACCCCGGUACACUUAUGUACACCGCACCAGAAAUAUUGCUCAAACCAGGCACAGCAACAACUUACCAAAGUGACGUUUGGGCGCUUGGUUGUUUGCUGUAUGAGUUGUUAACACUGUCGCAUCCCUUUGAUAACCCCUGCUCCGAGGACUCCAUGGUAGAGAAUUUUGCAGCCUUUGAUCGGCACAAAGAAUGGCUCUUGGCGAACCUUCCACAAUGUUAUUCUGCUAAUAUCCGGGCACUGAUUGAAGCAAUCUUCCAGGCUGAUCCGAAUAAUCGCCCAUCUGUCACUAAAAUAAUUGCAAUGAUGGGAAUAAACAGGUUUGGAGUAGCAGCUAAGAACGAUACAAACAUAUCUUAA